AUGUCGCGCAUAAACACGGAUUUCGCCUUCGGUGGCAAGUACAGGUCGAAGAGGCGAUUGCCAACGGUGGCUGCGGGCGUGCACACUGUGGCCGGGAAAGAAGUCGCCAUCAAGCUCGAGCCAGCCAUUGCAAAGUCAAGCCCACUGAAACAAGAAACCAAGAUCUACAAAACAUUGUCCGGCGCGCCGGGUGUACCAUGGAUUAUGUGGUCGGGAAAGGCCGGCGACUUCAACGUCAUGGAGCUCUUCCGCAUGUGUAACCGACACUUCUCGCUCAAAACUGUAUUGCUUCUUGCAGACCAACUUAUAUCGCGCGUCGAGUACAUCCACUCGCGUGAUCUCGUUCACCGUGAUGUGAAGCCCGGUAACUUCGUCAUGGCCAGAUCCGAGAAAGACUCACCAUACCUCGUAAACAUCAUCGACUUUGGCCUCGCCAAGAAGUACCGCGAUUCCCGCACCGGCGCGCAUAUCCCCUACAUGCAGGAGGAUCAGCACGGCGUUGGCACCUGUCUGUUCGCGUCAAUCAACACUCACCUCGGUGUCGAAUGCUCGCGCCGAGACGACCUCGAGGCCCUCGCAUACAUGCUGAUCUACUUCAUGCGCGGCACUCUGCCGUGGCGGAAGAUCAAGGACCCCGACGCGACGACGACGUGGAACCUGAUUAGAGACAAGAAGGUCGAGACGGAGGAGUUCCUCACCGUCGGCCUGCCGGCCGAGUUCGACAUCUUCCACAAGUACGUGCGCGGGCUCGAGUUCGACGACCUGCCCGAUUACGAUGGCCUGCGCGCGCUGUUCCGCGGGCUCGCGGAGAAGCACCGGAUCGAGUACGACUGGGUAUUCGACUGGUUCUGGGAGUCGACACAUGCGUACGCGGUGCACGGCUGA